AUGAUUUCCACAGUACGAGGAUGGUUCCGUCGGAACCGCACACCCAUCGCCAUUGGCGUCGGCAUCGUCGGUGCCGGCUAUGUAGUCAGCCAAUACGUCAUGUCUAAAAUCUCCGACGCGCGUGAGCGCAUGACGAGCGAGCGCAUUUCCAAAGAAAACCUGCGUCGCCGCUUCGAGCAGAAUCAGGAGGAUUGUACCUUCACCGUCCUCGCCCUCCUGCCCACCGCCACCGCAAACGUCCUCGCCGAGAUGAACACGGAGCAAAUCACCUACGAGAUUCAGCAAGCCAAGACGGCCAAGGCCGUCAAGGCCAACCCGGCGGACGCCUCGCCCACGCCGCCCAGCAUUGCCGACACUGCCCUGACCGAGGACGAUGCCAAGAGCUCGAUCAUCAGCGAGAGCGGUGUUCAUGCAAGCCAGGCCUCUCUUCCCCCGCUCACAUCGGUCCCGGAGAAUUCUGCGCAGGACGGCACCUCUGCGAAACCCCGUCGCUCCAAGCGACAACUCUGGGACGAUCUGAUCAUUAGCUCUGUCACUCGCGCCUUUACGCUCAUUUACACCCUCGCCCUGCUAACCAUGCUUACUCGCGUGCAACUGAACCUCCUCGGCCGUCGGAGCUAUCUCUCCAGUGUCGUCGCGCUCGCCACCGGCACCCAGUCCGCGACCAUUAGCCUCGAGAACAACGAUGACGACAACACGGACCAAGCGUACGGUAGCGACUUUGACACGAACCGCAAGUACCUCACCUUCAGCUGGUGGGUCCUCAAUAAGGGCUGGUUCGACAUCAUGAAUGCGGUCGACAGCGCUGUCCGCUCCGUGUUCGGCACCCUCAACCCGCGCGACCUCAUCAGCUUUGACCGUCUGUCGGACCUGGUCAUUGAGGUCCGCAGGCAGGUCGAGGGCUCAUCCCCUGAGGAGCGGCGUAGCGCCAACUGGCUGCGAUAUCUGCUCCCGCCGCAGGGCCAGGAGGACGAGGUCAUCCGCCAAUCCGGCAUCCUCGAGGGCAACGUCGCCCCGGAGGGCGUCCCGGCCCCGCCGUCAUCGUCGCCCGAGGCCCUGCGCAGGCUCCUUGACGAGACGGCUGACCUCAUCGAGUCGCCUGCAUUUUGCCACGUGCUGACGCUUCUCCUCGACGCCGGUUUUUCAACGCUGGUGGAGAAGAAGCUCGCGACCGAGGCCUUUGAGCUGCCCGUCGACGAGAGCGGCUUCAUGGCCAACGCCAUCACCGCGGCCAAGCAGACCAAGGUCGUCCUGCUUCCCCGCAUACUCUCUGUGCUGACGCGCCAAGCGCACGUCAUCGGCAACGGCGUGCCUAACGAGUACCUACAAGACAUGGAGGCAGUCCGCGGCCUCGAGGCCUUUGCUGCCGUAGUCUACUCGAGUAACUGGGAGAGCGAGGUGCGAGGCGGUGACGGCUUGAUGGAGAGCGCCGUGCAUGUCAAGCCGGCGGCAGCCACCACGCCAGAGGUACCGACGGAGAAAAAGACGCCGACCAGCACGCAAGCCGAUCAAAGCAUCGUCAUGGUGGAGAAUCAGGACAGCUUUGAGAGUGCCUGGGAAAAGGCGGUCGAAGCACAGUAA